UGGGUUUCCACUGGCAAAGAAUUCACGUUUUUAAUUUUUGACGCAGGAUUUUGGGCAUCCGUAUUUUGCCGCCCGCCAGUGGAAACCUUUUCCCUCGCGUCGACCCUCUUCUUUCCCACACUCAAAUCAUCUAGUCCUCCUCCGACGAAGCCGAUCGUUGAGGUUCCUCAUCGGGAAAAGGAAAAGGGCGGAAGAGAAGAGAUGCCGAGCUUCCCACCGCCGGGAUCGCUCACCGUCUGUGAGAUCCGCCGGGAAAUGGUGGUCGCGGAUAGCCUCUCCGACUCCCACGCCAAGGACGCGUACGGGAAACUGCUGGGAACGGUCUUCAGUCCGAUACCUUUUGAACCAAAUGCGCUCUUGGUGAACACUGACAUACCUUAUGAUGAUGGAAACCGUGAUGUGGUUCCCAGUUCCGAUGGACUUGGUGGAGUUAAAGGUUCUUUGUUGAAGUGUCUGUCAGCUAUAACAAGGAUCACUAGAGAGCCUGUGAAGCUACAGUCAAAGAUUUCUGUUCACGCUAUAAGCUGGCACCAACAUAAGCACAUUUUGGCUUUUAUAUCUGGUCCUAAUCAAGUAUCCGUGCAUGAUUUUGAUGAUUUAGAUUGCAGAGAUCCGUGUAUCUUGUCUAGUGAAUCUCAAAGGGGGGUUCAAAUGCUUGACUGGAGGCCAAAUGGUGGCAGAACACUGGCUGUAGCAUGCAAGGGUGGUGUAUGUAUUUGGUCUGCUUCUUAUCCUGGAAAUUCAGCUUCUCUAAGAUCUGGGUCAGCUUCUUUCUUGGUCACUCCUGCUAGAGGCUCUGGGAUCCGCUGGGCUAUGGUAGAUUUUCUUCGAAGUCCUAAUGGUGAAACGGUCACAUCAUUAUCAUGGAGCCCCAAUGGAAGAAAUUUGGUGUCUGCAUCAUCUGAGAGCUCGUCCUUUAUCAUCUGGGAUAUUGCUCAAGGCACUGGUACACCUAUUCGGCGUGGUUUUGGGGCCAUAUCAAUGUUGAAAUGGUCACCAACUGGAGAUUAUUUUUUCUCUGCAAAAUUUGAUGGAACCUUUUAUCUCUGGGAGACAAGCACAUGGACCUCAGAAACUUGGUCAUCCAGUGGUGAGCCUGUCCAAGGGGCAGUUUGGGGUCCUGAUGGCCGUAGUUUACUUCUAGCCUUCUCAAAAUCCCCAACACUGGGUUCAGUUCACUUCGCAUCCAGGCCACCAUUAUUGGAUGCACAUCUGUUGCCAGUUGAUUUGCCAGAGUUGGCAUCCAUGGGAGCCAGUGUGGAGAUGAUAGCCUGGGAUGCAUCGGGUGAGAGGCUGGCAGUGUCAUUCACAGGGAAUGAUGACAAUUAUGAUGGUCUUAUUGCAGUAUAUGAUACUCGGAGGACUCCACUUAUUUCAUCGUCAUUUAUUGGUUUUAUCCGUGGUCCAGGGGAGAGGCCUAAGGCGCUUGCUUUUUCUUUCCACAACAAUUUGAAACAGGGGCCUUUGCUAUCUGUAAGUUGGAGCAGUGGAUGGUGUUGUACAUACCCACUCAUUUUCCGGUGAAGUGGUCGUAGGAAGCUUCGCUGCAAUUUUUUUGAGGUCAGAGUGCUGCACUUUCAUAAAGCUAAAGACCGAGUUACUGGUUGUUUGGAAGCUUGAUUCUCUAGUCCUUCGUGGCCCAUUACUUAAAAAGUGUUGGGCCGACUUGAUUUAUCACUUGUAAGCGUGUUAGGAGACUGGUAAGCAUGGGUAGGGUAUGAUUCAAAAGGUUGAGGAAUUGUAUUGUUUCCGGUUUGUUCAGGAAAAUAGCACCACAAAUUUCUUAGCCGUUGUUAUACGGCAGUAUUUCCUGAUUGAUGUUCCAUCAUUUCUUUUUUUA